UCCGCCCCGUCGCACGCCCAGAACGCGCAGUACCUAGUCGAGAUCCUAUCCUCGGCCCGUUCGGAGACGACCUCGCCGCUGCCGUCCUGACGCGCACCACCCGCAGCAUGGCGCCCCCUCAGGUUCUCGCGUUUGGGCUCCUGCUCGCAGCAGCUACGGCGGCGGUGGCCGCGGCUCAGAAAGAUUGUGUCUGUGAAAACUAUAAGCUGACCACAAACUGCUCUGUUAACACCAAUGGUCAAUGCCAGUGUAUGUCAAUUGGUACACAAAAUACAGUUAUUUGCUCAAAAUUGGCUACCAAAUGUUUGGUGAUGAAGGCAGAAAUGACUGGCUCAAAGUCUGGAAGAAGAGCAAAACCUGAAGGGGCUAUCCAGAACAAUGAUGGGCUUUAUGACCCUGACUGUGAUGAGAAGGGACUCUUUAAAGCCAGGCAGUGCAAUGGCACUGCCACGUGCUGGUGUGUGAACACUGCUGGGGUCAGAAGAACCGAUAAGGACACUGAAAUAACAUGCUCUGAACGUGUGAGGACCUACUGGAUCAUCGUUGAAUUAAAACACAAAACAAGAGAAAAACCUUAUGAUUUUGAGAGUUUGCGGACUGCUCUGGAGGAGGCAAUCACAACUCGUUAUCAACUGGAUCCAAAAUAUAUCACAAACAUUCUGUAUGAGAAUGAUGUUAUCACUAUUGAUCUGGUGCAAAAUUCUUCUCAGAAAACUCAGAAUGAUGUGGAUAUAGCUGACGUGGCUUAUUAUUUUGAAAAAGAUGUUAAAGGUGAAUCCUUAUUCCAUUCCAGUAGCAUGGACCUGAGAGUAAAUGGUGAACAACUAGAUCUAGAUCCUGGUCAAACUUUAAUUUACUACGUUGAUGAAAAACCACCUGAAUUUUCAAUGCAGGGUCUAAAAGCUGGUAUUAUUGCUGUCAUUGUGGUUGUGAUAAUAGCAGUUAUUGCUGGAAUUGUUGUGCUGGUUAUUUCCAGAAAGAAGAGUAUGACAAAGUACGAGAAAGCUGAGAUAAAGGAGAUGGGUGAGAUGCAUAGGGAACUCAAUGCGUAACUAAUAUAAUUUGAAGUGAAACUACAAGAAGGGAAAUUAGCAAACGGACUCAGAUUUCAAAUGUAUGAGCGUGGGAAUGAAGAGAUCUUUUUGGAUCAUUAUUUUGUUAGUUAAUGUCAUAUAUUUGUAAUAGUGAAACUUGUGCUCAAAAUGUAAGCAGCUUGAAAUUGGCUUUCCCAAUCUUAAAAUAUGACCACACGUGUCUUAAAUAUGCAGAUUUAAUACAAAACCCAGAAUUUAGACUGCAUAGUUAAAAUUAUGCAUAACAUUGGAGAGUGUAUUAAAUACGCUUCUAGCAUAGUGUUUGAAUGACUAUAGUCUCAUUUAUGAUUGAAAGCUGCUUUUCUGUUUACUUUUUGAGUCUUGUACAUAUUGUUUUCUCUAAUUUCUUUAAACUUUUUUUAUGAACUAUGAAAUAAAACAUGUUUAAACUGAAUUUCCUAACUUUGUAUCAUAUUGAAUCAGAUUUCAUAGUGUAUUCUUAAGAUAACAGGUUAAGAAUUAUUCUGAAUGCUAAUUACAAAUUAGUUUUGCCUGAGUACUAAUAACCAUGUAUAUUCAAUAUAAAAUGUAUAAUGUAAUAUUGUAACUUCACAGAAAAAUCUAUUUUAUUCUGAAUGAAUCGUAAGAUUCUCUUCUAGACGAAGAUUGGCGUUUUGGUACAACAUUUAUACCAAAUGAAUUGGUGAAGAAUGUUCUGACCAUGAUGUCUGUGGUUGGUAGAAUAAGAAGCAAUGUUUAAUUCACUGAAGUUUCUCAAUAUAGUACAUAAUGAACAAUUAGAGUAUAGAGGUAUUUUCAGUUACCUAAAAAUGUUACUAUAAAAUUAAAGUAUCGUGAGAUA